AUGGCUGAGCUAUUCAGAGACACCGUCGCAGGCCAGCUCUUGCGUGUGAUCACCGGCAGGAGAAUCCUCCAGUAUCCCGAGGAACGAGAUCCGUCGAUAUGGCAAAGGUAUCUCAAUCCCGAAAAGUCUUCCAACUUGGCCAUGCACAGCAGCACAGAACCUCCUACAUCGCAGGAGAAACAAGAACUCGAAACCCAACCCUCAUCUACUAAUAGGGCCCGACCUACACUUGGGGGUAACUCACCGUCUCACAGCUCCUCUUCGACCACUGUCGACGAUGAGAAUGUUGUCGUGAACACUCUCAGCAAGACGGCCGUCGACCCUGAAAAGGGCCGCGACGCACACAUUGUCGACUGGUACGGCCCUGACGACCCAGACAACCCGCAGAACUGGAGUACGCUCAAGAAGACCUGGGUGACUUUCGAGAUCUGUUUGCUCACCUUCUCUGUCUACAUCGGCUCGGCGAUAUAUACGGCCGGCAUCCAGGAUGUUUCUCGUGUCUUUGGCGUUUCUCGCGUCGCUGCCACUCUAGGACUGACACUCUUCGUGCUGGGAUAUGCGGUAGGACCAAUGCUUUGGUCGCCCAUGAGCGAAGUCCCUCAGAUAGGCCGUGGGCCCAUCUACAUUGGGACCCUUGCACUGUUUGUCGUCCUCCAGGUACCUACCGCGCUUGCCACGAAUUUCGGUAUGCUCCUUGCUUUCCGAUUCAUCACCGGUUUUGUUGGGUCACCAUCGCUGGCAACAGGCGGUGCCAGUAUCGGAGACAUGUACACACCGUCCAAGCGCACGUACGGAAUGGCUGUCUGGGGCAUUGGCGCUGUCUGUGGCCCGACCAUGGGACCUCUGGUCGGUGGCUUCGCAGCGGAAAGCAAGGGUUGGACAUGGACAAUCUGGGAGCUCAUGUGGCUUUCUGGCUUCACCUUGGUACUCUUGUUCUUCUUGUUGCCGGAAACGUCUUCUGCCAACAUUCUCUAUCGCCGGACGAUGCGCCUGAGGAGACUCACUGGCAAUGAUAAACUAAUCUGUGAACCACAACUCCUCGGGGAGCAGAUGACAGGGAAGGAGAUUGCAAUGAUGAUCCUCGUACGCCCUUUCACCCUGUCGUUCACAGAGCCGAUGGUUUUCUUGCUCAACCUGUACAUUGCCCUCAUUUACGGCUUGCUUUAUAUCUGGUUUGAAAGCUUUCCCAUCGUGUUCUCAGGCAUCUAUGGUUUCAGUCUGGGUCUUGAAGGCACGGCAUUUCUGGGCAUCCUUGUUGGGGUCUUUAUUGUACUUGGCCCAUUCAUCUGGUACCAGCGGAAAUACAUCGAGCCAAAGUUCAACGACAAGGGCGAGUUGCAACCUGAAUGGCGACUGCCGCCUGCUUUCGUCGGCGGUUUCGCGAUACCGAUUUGCCUCUUUUGGUUCGGCUGGUCAGCACGUCCCGACAUACACUGGAUAAUGCCUAUCAUCGGCUCUGGAUUCUUCAGCGUCGGUGCCUUCCUGCUGUUCAACUCAGUUCUCAACUACCUGGCAGAUGCAUAUCCGGCGUAUGCAGCGAGUGUACUGGCGGGUAAUGACUUCUUCAGAUCUUCGUUCGGUGCUGGCUUUCCACUUUUUGCGACAGCGAUGUACCAAAAGUUGGGAGUUGGCUGGGCCAGUUCGACGCUGGCGUUCAUCGCCAUUGCCUUUAUUCCAAUACCGUUUCUGCUGUUCAAGAAGUACGGUGAAAGGCUGAGAAUGAAGUCCAAGUAUGCGCAGAAGGAUUAUUAG